UAGUAACCCAAGAGCCACACGAUCAACCAUUUCUUCCGUUUCCCUCCAACGUAACGAACUCGAUUCUCUAUGAAUCUGACUCAGACUCUCUUCCCCGCCGGCGGAAGCUCUCCGGCGCCGGCUCCUUCUCCGUCGCACCCAUCCUCGCUUUUUCCUCAGAUCGCCAGGUGCCGAACCAUGAGAGACCUCGCUCAAGUCCACGCCGCCUUCAUCAAAACAGGGCAAAUAAACGACACUCUCGCCGCCGCUGAGAUCCUCCGCUUCUGCGCCACUUCCGACCGUUUUCACCGAGAUCUCGAGUAUGCCCACAAGAUUUUCAAGCAGAUGCGACAACCCAAUUGUUUUUCCUGGAACACCAUGAUCAGGGGAUUCAGUGAGAGCGACGAAGACGAAGCGGUCACUGCAAUUACGCUCUUCUGUGAGAUGAUCGGCCAUGUAUUCGUGGGACCGAAUCGUUUCACGUUUCCUUCUGUGCUGAAGGCGUGUGCGAAGACUGGGAAGAUUCGGGAAGGUAAGCAAAUUCAUGGGUUGGCGCUGAAAUUCGGAUUGGAUGGUGAUGAGUUCGUGAUGAGCAAUCUCGUUAGGAUGUAUGUGAUGUGUGAUCUGAUGAAGGAUGCUCGCGUACUGUUCUAUAAGAACAUCAUAGAACAGGAUCGCCAUGGUGAUAUGGUGACGGAUAAAAGGAGGCGAGACGGUGAGGUGGUUUUGUGGAAUGUGAUGAUCGAUGGAUACGUAAGACUUGGAGAUUUCAAGGCUGCAAGAAUGCUGUUCGAUAAAAUGCGUCAAAGAAGCGUUGUUUCUUGGAACACUAUGAUAUCGGGUUAUUCGCAAAAUGGGUUCCUCAAGGAAGCCGUAGAGAUUUUCCAGGAGAUGCAGAGCGGAGAAAUUCGUCCAAAUUACGUUACUUUACUCAGUGUUCUUCCUGCCAUCUCACGACUCGGAUCACUAGAACUAGGAGAGUGGAUACAUUUAUACGCAGAGAAGAACGGGAUUGAGAUCGACGAUGUACUAGGCUCUGCUUUGAUCGACAUGUACUCAAAGUGCGGAAUCAUCGAGAAAGCGGUUCAUGUAUUCGAGAGAUUACCUCGAAAGAACGCGAUUACUUGGAGCGCCAUGAUCAAUGGAUUCGCUAUGCACGGCCAAGCAAACGAAGCUAUCGACUGUUUCCACGAAAUGGAGGAAGCAAGUGUUCGACCCAGUGAUGUUGUCUACAUUGGCCUGCUGACAGCUUGUAGCCAUGCCGGGUUUGUAGAACAAGGCAGGAGAUUUUUCAGCCACAUGCUGAAUGUUUCGGGAUUGGAGCCAAGAAUCGAACAUUACGGAUGUAUGGUCGAUCUAUUAGGUCGUUCAGGUCAUCUAAAAGAAGCCGAGGAGCUUAUACUGAACAUGCCCAUGAAACCAGACGACGUUAUAUGGAAAGCCCUCCUCGGUGCCUGCAAGAUUCACGGGAAUAUCGAGAUGGGAGAGCGAGUAGCCGGAGCUCUGAUGGAAAUGGCGCCUCAUGACAGCGGAGCUUACGUCGCGUUAUCGAACAUGUACGCCUCUCGGGGGAAUUGGGCGGCGGUUUCGGACAUGAGGGUGAGAAUGAAGGAGAUGGAUAUAAGAAAAGAUCCCGGGUCAAGCUGGAUCGACAUCGAUGGCGCGGUGCACGAGUUUCUCGUGGAAGAUGAAUCCCACCCGAGAUCCGAGGAAAUCCGCUCGAUGCUUCUAGAAAUCUCGGAGAAGUUGCGAUCGGUCGGGUACAGACCGAUCACCACACAGGUUCUUCUGAACUUGGACGAGGAAGACAAGGAGAAUGCUCUGUAUCACCACAGCGAGAGGAUUGCCGUGGCGUUCGGGUUGAUCAGCGCAAAGGCAGGCGCUUCGUUACGGAUUGUGAAGAACCUACGCAUCUGUGAAGACUGCCACUCGUCAUUUAAACUGAUCUCGAAGGUCUACGGGAGACAUAUCACCGUAAGGGACAGGAAACGCUUUCACCAUUUCAAGGAUGGCUCCUGCUCUUGCCUGGAUUUCUGGUGAAAUUUCAAAUUGAAAAAUGAUGAUGUUUGUAUUAUUUGUAUAAUAAAUAAGAAUUAAUUGGUAGAACAGAUGAUUUGUUUUUCGAAAAAAUUAGGGAAAAUGGCAAAUAAAUAUAUCAAUUUGUUAA